AUGUCUUCGACUUCUGUGGGCCCUCCUGUGGACCCCGAAUGGGCGGCCGAGAACAACCUUCCUCGCCUCCUCGCAUUGACGGGCGUUUUCCAUAUCACCGCAUUGAUUAGUGUUGGCCUCCGACUAUUUGUCCGAGUGGGCUUACUGCGGUCGCUGGGAAAAGACGACAUUGCGAUCGUGCUCGCUGCUCUUGGGGCUCUGGGUGGAUGGAUUUGUUUUAUCCUUCAGGGCAACCAUGGCUUUGGACAACAUGCUAAGGUGGUUUCAAAGGAAGAUAUGCAGGAGUUCACUCAUAUAGGCUUCUUUGGCAGUAUAAUUUCUGCCAUUGGUGCCCUUGGGCUGUUGAAGAUUUCCAUCGCUUUCUUCCUGCUCAGACUGAAGAACAACAACAUGUGGAAAUGGUAUUCGCGCUGUCUGUGGGCCCUGAUAGGUUUGGUAACAAUCUACACGAUCGGCGCAUGGCUCACCUUCUUCCUGUAUUGCACUCCUAUGGAUGCAAUGUGGACCAAGAAAGGUAUCUGCUACAGCCAGAAGAUGUUUGUUGGGUUCGCACUGACGAACACGGCUUUGAACAUCUUUACUGAUGUCUGUUUUGCAACUCUGCCAAUUCCCAUCAUCUGGAGUUUGCAAAUGUCCCGGACUACGCGUAUCAACUUGAUUGGCGUUCUCAGUCUCGGAUACAUUGCCGUUGCACUGGGAAUAGUAAAAGCCAGCUAUCAAGUUAAACGAGACAGAGACAGGACAUUCAGCCAGCACCUAAACGUCUACGGCUUCCUCCAACUUAAUGUUGGCAUAAUCGCCGCCUGCAUCCCAACCCUCAAACCCCUCCUCCGCAGCAACCCCUCCUCCCGGACCCCACGCCGCAGCAACUACAACGACAUCGAGCACGCCGAAACAAUCGGCAGUGGCCGGCAGCACAAACCCCGCGCCAGCUUCCUCGACACGACAAGGAACUCUCCCACAACAAACACCACAACAAUGACAUUAACCAUAGACGAGACGUUCGAAAUGGCGAACCGCGGGAGCCUCCGCGAGAAGCUGGCAGGCGGGCCAAACCAUCAAAAUGUUGUUUAUAGCGAUAGGAAUGGGGUGCAUACGAGUAGUCAGGAGAGGAUUCUGCAUGCCGAGAGUGGAGCCGAGGAUGCCAGUAAGAUUCUUUGUACGACCGAGGUGGUGGUUGACAGUGUGGAGCGGGUCAGGAGGAAGCGUUGA